UGUACGAUAUCUGUGGAGAAGUUGUCGUACUGCAUGACAGCAUCGUGUUUAAAUAACCGGCCGGCAGCAAACGUCCAGGACAAACAGUGUGGUGGAGGGAAUACUGUAGAAAUGGAGACUUAUAUCACCAUUGCUAUAGGCCUCCUGACCGUGGUGUUGGGGACUCAGUGUGCAGACAAUACCUGGGGAGGCCUCUACCCACGGGAGUCAGAGUCUCGUGAGGUUCGUUCUCUGGAUGGCUUGUGGAACUUCCGUUUGGCUCCUCUUGAGGACCCCGAGAAAGGCUUUAGGGAAGAGUGGUACGCUCAGCCCCUGCGGAAGACUGGUGCAGUGAUCUCCAUGCCAGUUCCCAGCAGCUACAAUGAUGUGACGCAGGACAAGGCUCUCCGUGACCACAUUGGCUGGGCUUGGUACGACCGCACAUUCUACGUACCAACAAGGUGGCAGGAAGAUAAGCAGAGAGUAGUGCUGCGUCUGGGGUCUGCUCAUUAUAACUCAAUUAUUUACCUCAAUGGUGUGGCUGUGACAUCGCAUGAAGGAGGUCACCUGCCCAUCAUGUCUGAGAUAACAUCAGGUCUGGUGUAUGGACAAGAGAACCUUGUUACGGUUGCCAUUAAUAACACCCUCACACCUGAAACCAUCCCUCAGGGUAGCAUUACAUAUCAUGAUGACCUAACAAGAUACCCACCGGGCUACUUCACACAGUCAUACAACUUUGACUUCACAAACUACGCUGGUCUGCACCGUCCUGUUUAUGUUUACACGACGCCACGGACAUAUAUUGAGGAUAUCUUUGUGACCACAGACAUAAGUGGAACAGACGGCAUCAUCUCUUAUGACAUUAUAACUGCCACCACUAAGAUAGGACCCAAGCGUCUGAAUGAUGCUCCCGGCUGCUCCAUGAAGGUGCUGGACAAGGACGGAAGCCACGUUACGAGUGCCAUAGGUUGUCAAGGCUCUAUUAUGAUAUCUAAUGCCAGUCUGUGGUGGCCCUACCUCAUGUCAGAGGACCCAGGAUACCUGUACACACUUAAGGUGGCUGUGUCAGACACCGAGGGCAUUUUAGACGUAUACCCGCAGAAAGUGGGUAUUCGCACCAUCGGUUGGAACUCCACUACACUCACCAUCAACAACAAGCCAGUGUAUCUCCGAGGCUGUGGCAAACAUGAAGAUGCUGAUAUUCGGGGGAAGGGAGUAGACUAUCCUCUUAUUGUUAAGGACUUCAGUCUACUGAAGUGGCUGGGGGCCAACAGCUUCCGCACCUCCCACUACCCCUACGCUGAGGAGAUCAUGGAUAUGGCCGACCAAGAGGGAAUUAUGGUUGUUGACGAGUGUCCAGCUAUUGGCCUCAGUGGUUUUGGUGAGACUCUGAUGAACAAGCACAUAUCUGUGAUGGAAGAGCUGGUGCAUCGUGACAGAAACCGUCCCAGUGUGAUCAUGUGGAGUGUUGGUAAUGAACCAAGAUCAGACCAGGCAGCUGCCAAGGACUACUUCAGAAAAGUUGUAGCUGCUACCAAAGCCGAAGAUUCCUCCCGGCCUGUAACAUGUGUGCUUAAUCGGCCAAAAUACAAAGAAUACGCUGGUAGCAGCCUGGACAUUAUCCUGGUGAACCGUUACUACUCCUGGUACAGUGACACGGGUCACUUGGAGAUCAUUAAGCUACAGACUGUCACUGAGUUCACUGAGUGGCAUGAACUGCACAAUAAACCUGUCAUGAUCUCAGAAUAUGGAGCUGGUUCAAUGCCCGGCCUUCACACGGACCCAGCAUUCACAUGGUCUGAGGAGUACCAGGCAGAGCUGAUGUUGCAGAACUUCGAAGCGUUUGAUGAACUCCGCAAGAAGGGAUACUUUAUUGGGGAAAUGAUUUGGAAUUUUGCUGACUUUGCUACUCCACAAGGUUUUACACGUGUGGUCGGAAACAAGAAAGGAAUUUUCUCCCGAAAUCGCCAACCCAAAAUGGCAGCUCACGUACUCCGUUUUCGUUACCACAAACUUGCUGAAUCAUCAUUAUUUGAUGAUGAGAAUCUUCUCUGUUUUAGGAAAUAGGAAUUAUGUUAUUAGUACAGUACAGUGUACUGUAAUUAAUAUGCCACUGAGCACUUCUAGCAUUGUAGCCCAUUUUUCUUUUAUAUAAGAAAUUUAGGUUUUUAGUUGAAUUAAGUACAUACAGUACAGGACAGUACUGUAUUACUAAUUGAGAGUUAUUCACUUUCCUUAUUUUUAAUAUUUGUGUCACAGUACAGCACCAUAAACUUAAACUGUAAAAUCACCUUUUACUCGUCAGAACUUUGCAUUUAAGUUAAGAAUACCUUUACAUCAGGUAUGAUAAUGAAUACAGUAACAUCAUCUUACAACAGUAUGACAAUACAUUUUAAGAGUACUGUACUGUACUUCACCUUAUUCGAAAAACCAUUUUAUUUAUUGUUUAAUUUUUAGGAAAUAUAUCUGUUGCAGGAAUUAUGAAUUGUAUUUUCUGGAGUCCAGGAUAAUUAUUGUUAUUUUUGUACUGUGAUUGUUUGCUUCAUAUAAAAUGUGUGUUGAGCCUUAUACUGUACUGUACUUUCUACUGUAAUCCUAUUUUCUAAUUUUGAAAUAUUUUACUCUGUGUAUGUGUGUGUAUGGUCAUCUAUGCUGUGUGAAUUUACCAUAUUCUAUAGACAUGUACAUGGCCAUAGAUAUGGUAGACAGUCACUUGUUUAAUUUUGGAUGCUCAUAUCACUGAGCACAUAAUUUGGCAUCUGUACCGUUAUUUUCUGUGAUGUAAUGGCAUUUAUUGAUAUUAAUACUAAACCCUCUAAGGUAUUAUUAAACUGAUAAUAAAGAGGAAUUACUGUACA